CUGUGGGUGGCAGCGCUGCCCGGCUCCGCGCUCGGGCCUCUCGGUCCGCCGCGCACUCUCCGUCUUUAAAGGGCCCGACGACGCGGGCGCCCGUCCGCCGGCGAUGGCCGGGGUGUCGCAGAGGGAGGCGCGGAAAGCAGUGGAGCGGCGGCAGAAGCGGGCCGUCGAGGAGCAGCGGGCCAGGAUCAAACUGGUCUCUACAAUACUUCAAAAACCAGAAGAGCUACGAACAAAGGAUGACGUCACCCUGCUUUCAGCAUGUGUUGACACUGUGCAGGAGUUGGAGAAGCGAAAACAGAAGACUGAGGCACGAAAGAGGAAGCUGGAAGAAGUCAUAGAUGAACCUGAUGAAUUGAAGAAAAAAAUUAACCUGCUGGCAGCAGCUAUUCAGGCAGCACGAUAUUUAGUGAUCUAUUCUGGCGCUGGAAUCAGCACGGCUGCUUCAAUUCCAGAUUACAGGGGUCCGAAUGGAGUAUGGACUUUAUUGCAGAGUGGCAGGACAGUGAGCGCAGGAGACAUCAGUGAGGCAGAGCCCACGCUGACACAUAUGGGUAUCACAAAACUUUACAAAGAAAAGUUGGUGCAACAUGUGGUUUCUCAGAAUUGUGAUGGGCUACAUUUACGAAGCAGUUUACCUAGGAAGGCGCUUUCAGAACUGCAUGGAAAUAUGUACAUAGAGGUCUGCACGUACUGCUCUCCUAACCGAGAAUACAUCCGUCUGUUUGAUGUCACUGAACGCACAUCGCUACACAGACACAAUACUGGAAGAAAGUGUCACAAAUGUGGCGGUGAACUGCGAGACACAAUUGUGCACUUUGGUGAAAAGGGAACACUGGAGCAGCCGCUAAACUGGAAGGGGGCAGCGGAGGCAGCCAAGGAAGCCGAUGUCAUCAUUUGUCUUGGAUCCAGUUUAAAGGUUCUUAAAAAGUAUGCAUGUCUUUGGUGCAUGAGUAGAGUACCUCACAAAAGACCCAAACUGUAUAUAGUAAACCUGCAGUGGACACCAAAAGAUGGUGUAGCUACACUGAAGAUUCAUGCAAAAUGUGAUGAUGUCAUGCAGCUACUACUGGAAGAACUUUGCCUUGAAAUUCCACACUAUGAUAGGUCAAAAGAUCCUAUUUUUAGUCUAGCUACUCAACUGAGGCCAGGCGAAGAAGACAGUCACAGCCGUAAACUACUAACUAAGGACAACCCAGGAAGUGUGGGCUCCACUGUCUCAGGUGGUUGGUAUGGCAAAGGUUGUGCAAAAGGCAGAAGAAAGAAGAAAGUCUAAUCAGGGAAUUGUGACGGUCAAUGUUUACAUCUUUAAUCUUUUUCCCCUCCUUCCCCAUACAAAUUCCAUUUUGGGGAAGGAGCAGAAUCAAUAGCAGAUUUCUGCAAACCCUGACGCCAAUACUGGAGAGACGGACUCUGCCGACCAUUUGACCAGAACGUGAUUUUUACAUGUCCGGUCCACCUUGCCACCUGAAAUUGGUAUCGAUCUGUAAAUACAGAUAAUCAGGCUGUUAGCAUAUCAGCGGGCUAUUACAUUUUAAAACUAGUAGGAUACAGUUUUAAAAUCAUGUGACAUUUGGGGACUAAAUAUUCUGUAUGAUGUAUAGUAAAAUGUUCCAAGGAAUAAUUUUUAAACAGUAUAAAUUGGGAAGAAUUGGGGGAAAUAGUGUUCCUCUUAACUUUGGGUGAAAAAUGUUGACAAUGUGUGAUUAGGGCAUCCUCACUGUCAAUAGAAAUGCUGGUUCCUAUGCACCCAGUACUAACAGCAAUAUAGAAAGUGUAUCAAUGACUUAAAACAAUUGUUCUUCCACUGUCUUUCCAGAGGGAACUCUGCAUGUUAUUUUCAAGCCACGUACUCUUGAGUCAGUGGCAUACAGCCUCUCCCUGGUUUUCCUGCAGUAAGAACACAAGACCAGGGUGAACAACAUACUAUUUCUGCGAAUUUUGCACCCACUCAAAAUUUAAAACAUCUCCAGUUAAUGUUAAACAGUAUUUGUUGAAAAAUGUACAAAAAAAAGUUGGGAGCCAGUGACGUUCCACAAGUUUUCAAUGCAGUCAGCAUGUGUUGUGCCCAAGAACAAGAAUAACUUGAGCAGAAAAUCUAUACCUGCAACAGUAAAAGUACUGUUUCAACAUAUGAGGUAGUGUAAUAAUAUCUCUCACCAAACCUGGUGAGUGAGUUCCUGAUAAAUUGCUUGCUGCUUUUGUUGGGAUCUUAGGACACGGUCCAACAACUUAAACUUACGCACUGAAAUUAUAGCUGAGUGCCAAAGUAGCUUUUGUAAAUACAACAAACAGCUUGUGUCAGAUGGCAUUACUUAUGAAAUUGGAGUUCCAUCUACAGAACACAAACUCAACCAAUUUUUAUCAGUAAUGGCAUCAGAGCAGAUAAAGCAGAAAACCUGUCUCCAAUCCUCACGGUGCUCUGAAAGGUUACUUUUUAAAUUUUGAAAAUAAAAGAUAAAUCUCAAGUAUAUUUGCACUAAUAUAUAUUUCAAUUUUACAAUACCAUUUGUAUGUCUUUGUUUAUUUUGUUACACAUUUGGACUACUUAUAGAAUUUUCAAAAACCACCAUUUUUACACAGGGAUUUUUCUAGUGAUUGAUCGCUUUUCUAGUUUUACUAAUCUUGCUCAUUGUUAGAAAUCUCUAAUAUGUUUUGUUAUGGUUUACUGUGAUGUUUCAGGCUAAGCUAUUGAUGGGUUGAUCAUUUAACAGCAAUUUAUCUGCCUUGCCAUGUAAAUCCUUGGUUCUGUCUUAAACCAUUCGCUGUGAUACCCAAAUCGCAAACAAUGUCGCAAAUUGGGCUGCAAACAAUACGGAUUGUGUCUGUUUCUUCAAGCUGAGCAAGGCACUUGCUAAUAAGCAGAAACUUUAACAUAAUACUAAUGAUAAUUUUCAUACAGAGAAGGUUGUAAUCCAAAGUAGUUUGGGUGGGAUGGGAUGAGUGAACCAAGAUGUUGCGGAGGGAGCGGUCUCUGAGGAAGGCGGACAGGAAUGGAGAUGGGAAGAUGGAGGAGGAGGGUGAUGUAUUGGAUGCAGAGGCUGGUGGGGUGAAACAUCAGGAUAGAGUGAUAUAGCGUGGAAAAGGCCCUUUGGCCCAACUUGCCCACACUGGCCAACAUGUCCCAGCUGCACUAGUCCCACCUGCCUGCGUUUGGUCCAUAACCCUCCAUACCUGUCCUAUCCAUGUACCUGUCUAAUUGUUUCUUAAACCCAGCCUCAACUACCUCAUCUGGCAGCUUGUUCCUUGCAGCUGCCACCCUUUGGAUUCCUAUUAAAUCGUUUCCCCUUCACCUUAAAUCUAUGUCCUCUGAUACUCGAUUCACCUACUCAGGACGAGACUAGGUGCAUCUAAGGGGAUCUUUGUGUCUGGGGGGGAAGGGGGAAUGAGGACAGAACUGCAGGACACAGGAGACUAGGGUGAGGGUUGACAGAAGGGAUUACAACUGCAAAAUCAGCCAAAUCCCAGGGUUCAGCAUUAUGAUUGCCGAGAAUAAUUCUCAUUGAUCAUACUGAUUCUUUAUAGUGUGCUAUUUAUUGAAAGGACUUUUGCUUCUCAGCCCUUAAUUGCCCUUUUGUUUCAAACCACAACAGAAAAAUUGCUGUUUUAGGAUUAAUCUCUUAGCCACGAGACAAUAUGGAAUGUUGUGGCUUAUCUUUAAAACCAUAUUUAUAAAACGGGUAUUUUUUUAACUCUGUCAAAUAGAUUUGAGUGUUGGUAUACUGGCAGUUAAGGAACAAAUUGAGUCAAUAUAUCAUGUGAUUGAAAGGAUUAAACAGUAAACAAGAAGAAAAAUACUGUGAAUACUCAAUCUCUGAAAUAAAAACAUUAAAUGCCUCUAAGUGAGUGGUUUGGAUGUCAAUAUCCUGGACGUGAAUGGGAGGAUGAGUGCACUGAAUGAUAUGUUGCUGGUAGGCACUGCAUUGACAAAGUCUCCUGCUUAACUGGGAGAAUGUGUGCAUUAUUAAAAGAUGCUGCUGUUUUGAUCUGAUUCGCUGGGACAUUUUUAAAGCCCUUUCUGACAGGUUAAAACAUUUGGCAAAAUCUCUGCAUUCCUGCUUUUAAUAAUGCUGAAUGAAUUUGCUUUACAAAUUUAAAAAUGUUUAAAAAGUAAUGCUUUGGCAAGGAUGUCGGGAUGGGAUUUGGGCAGAUUUAUAGUUUAAUAGAAUCCUGACCUCUCAACGCAAUUCUCAAAUGGGUUUGUUUUCCAAUGCCCUGAUGUUCAACUAGCAUUAUCAACCCAUGCUUCUAAAUAUGCAAAAUCAGUAAGGUUCAAACAUACAGCUGUAAAUUUAACAUCUGGUUUGCUCUACUUGUGUAACAUUGGUAAUGAGAUUGUCUCACCUUUCUGUCACUUGAAAGGGUAAUUUUUUUUCAAAUAUGUGCCUCCAGAAUCCCAAACGUAAUGUGCAUGAUAGGAUUUCACUUUACGGAACAAGAAAACUUGGUGAUAUAGCUGGUGGAUGAACAUACAGUUAGGGACUUGCUGGAAGAGAACAGCCCAACUGUAUAGUUGCACUUUAUUUGAUACAAAUUGUCAAUCAUAUUACAACUGUAAUUUUCAUUUCUAAAUAAACAAUCCUAAAUUGAGA